AGACAUCUCACGCCUGUAGCCAUUAAAGUCCUGCACCCUGGGCUGGUCCACCAAGUCCAGAUGGAUCUGUUUCUCAUGAAGAUGGGCAGCCGCCUCAUUGGACUUCUCCCUGGAUUCAAAUGGCUCAGUUUGACAGAGAUCGUGGAGGAGUUCGAGAAGCUUAUGAUGCAGCAGAUUGACUUACGCUACGAAGCCAGAAAUCUGGAGCGCUUCCGACAAAAUUUCCUAGAUGUCGAUUUUGUGAAGUUUCCAACUCCCCUUUGGCCUUUGGUAACAGCAGAUGUUCUAGUGGAAACGUUUGAGGAGAGUGAACCCAUUUCACAGUACCUGCACGCGGAGAUUGCCACAGAGCUGCGGCAGAGACUUGCAAAGAUGGGCAUGGACAUGCUGCUAAAGAUGAUCUUUGUUGACAACUUUGUCCAUGCUGACCUGCACCCUGGGAACAUCCUGGUUCAAGGCACGGCCCGUGUGAGCAGCAGCUGCAAGGAGCAGACGGCCCUUGUGGACCUGUGUGACACGCUCGUGGUAGAAGUGCAGCCACCGCUCCGGCAGCUCUGCCUGGUGCUGCUGGAUGCAGGGAUCGUGGCGGAGCUGCAGAGCGCUGACAUGCAGAACUUCCGGGCGGUUUUCACAGCUGUGGUCCAAGGACAGGGGGAAAGAGUGGCAGAGCUGAUCCUCCACCACGCCCGCGCCAACCAGUGCCAGGACAUCGAGCGGUUCAAGGCUGAGAUGGCAGAACUAGUGACCAAAGUCCGGGGGAACACCAUUGCCCUGGGGAAGCUGCAGGUGGGAAAUCUCCUCUCAAAUGUCUUCAAAUUAUUGAUGACCCAUAAGGUGAAGCUCGAGAGCAAUUUUGCUUCCAUCAUCUUUGCCAUCAUGGUUCUGGAGGGACUAGGUCGUUCACUGGACCCUGAACUGGACAUCCUAGAGGCAGCCAAACCACUGCUCAUCAAAACUGCAGCUUCUGUCCUCAAAUAGACUCCUGUGGCUGCUGCCUUCUCCCUGUGUGGGGUUACCUGUGCUGUCUGUGAGCCAACAUGAGGGAAGCUGAAGGUGAAGUCACUUGUGCCCUGGGGACAUGCUGUGCAAUGGUUACUCUCCAUUAAUGUUGCCUUCAGUCGUUUCAGCCGAGCACCAGGCAUGGGAUGAUCAGAAGGUCUAUUCCAGAAACCAGAAGACUUUGCACAAUUGGACAUUUCUGACUCAUUGCACAAUUUUAAGAGCUAAUGUGCUCUGGUAGUUUUAAAACUGACAUACGUAGCUUAGGUGCACAAGAUGACUGCAGCCUGAUGAGAAAAGCAGUCUUACUUGUCUAAAAGUCUUCAAAGAGAUGUUCAUUGAUCAAGUCUGUUUUGAAAUCUAUCAGGUUUAAUAUUUAAUUUACUGACUUACCUGUCACUGUGGUAUAAGAAAUGAUGUUCUAACAUCACCUAAGCAACACAGGCUGAAAAAGCCAAUAAACCUCUUUGUCUUUUGUACUUUUAACUUCUACUUUUAUUGUAGAAGUGUCCCAAGAUCCUGCAUGUAGCCGUCUGUUCUUAGUCAUUUUGGAUGAUAAAAACAGACCAGUCAUUUUGAUUUUUUUUUGUUUGUUUGUUUUCAAACUUCUGUACUCCAGCACAUUAUUAUGGGAGUUUAAUUGUAAACAGCAUAAUAAAAUAUUUGCCUAGGCAGAAAAACCUAAUUCCAUAAUAAAAAACAACUUCUGGGAA